UCUGAGAGACAUUUGUUCAAUUUGCAGAUCCGGACUGAGAAAUCUGGCUUUCUUUUAACGCUCAGCUCGAUCAAUCUCCUAUUUUAAAACAGAAUAAGGAUCUCUUUGGUCAAAUCACUACAUGAUGUAUAUCCAAUCAAGAAGAAGGAAAUUGAUCUCUCCCUUCUCUUUCUUUCUCUCCAAUUCCUUUCUUCUCUUUUCCCUUCAUUUCCCUCUCAACUUAAAUUGCCAAUCGAAUUGCAAAAGAAAAGAACCCACUCAUUCAGAAGAUCCGAAUUCUGGAGCGUCUUCCUCAUCGACCCCUCCGCAUGGAGGAGGUGAUUAUGAAGGUGGAGAGGAACAGCAGAAGGGAAAUAACUAUGAAGUGUUCUUGAGCUUUAGAGGAAAAGACACUCGUAAAGGCUUUACCGACUAUCUCUACACUAGCCUUGUCGAUGCAGGAAUUCACGUGUUUAGAGACGACAAUGAGCUCCGUGUUGGUGAGGAGAUUGGUCCAGAGCUUCUCUGCAGCAUUACACAUUCCACGAUCUCGAUCGUGAUUAUCUCUGAGAACUACAUUUCCAGCAAAUGGUGCCUCCGUGAAUUGGCUGAGAUGUUGAAGUGCAAGAGAAGUAAAGGGCAGAUAGUGUUGCCCAUAUUUUACAAAGUGGAACCCUCACAGGUGCAUCAUCUUACAGGGAGAUUGGGAGAUGCUAUAAACGCACAUAAAAAGAAUGUGGACGAAAUGGUUGUGAAGGAAUGGGAAGUAGCACUCAAAGAAGUCGGCUCCUUGAAAGGAUGGGAAUCAGAGAAAAUUGAUAGCGGGUACCUUAUUCUCCAACAAAACAUUGUUUAA